AGUGGCAGAAGAGGGCUAGGCUGAGAGGGAAGCCAGGACUAUAGGAGAGGGAGGCAGCCCGUCCUCCUCGCGAACCUGCAAGGAUGCGGCAGGGGCCCGGGGGCAUGGGGAGGUACUAAUCCCCCGGAGCCCCCGAUUGGGGCUUGCAGACCUGGCCCGUGGGCCAAUUUUCUGCCUAGCGCAGCCGGGAAGCAGAGGUGCCAGGAAAACCAAGAGAGGGGCGCUGGGGGUGCCGAUCCCCAGAGUCGGUCCCUCUGCUAACAGAGGAAGAAAAGAGGAGGGAGUCAGCGAGUGGUGAGAAGGGAAAACCUGUCUCCUGACUGGCUCCGGAGUGUCGGGGAGACUGGGGCGCUCCGCGCCAUCGUCUUCAAUGCUUCUCUGAACAGCCUUUAGGAAGAGUGCGAGAGAAAGAGAGAGAGCGCUCGCCAGGGAGAGGAGAAAAGAAGAUGAGGAUUAUUUGCAGACAGAUUGUCUUGUUAUUUUCUGGAUUUUGGGGACUCGCCAUGGGAGCCUUUCCGAGCAGCGUGCAAAUAGGUGGCCUCUUCAUCCGAAACACAGAUCAGGAAUACACUGCUUUUCGAUUAGCAAUUUUUCUUCAUAACACCAGCCCCAAUGCGUCGGAAGCUCCUUUUAAUUUGGUACCUCAUGUGGACAACAUUGAGACAGCCAACAGUUUUGCUGUAACAAAUGCCUUCUGUUCCCAGUAUUCUAGAGGAGUAUUUGCCAUUUUUGGACUCUAUGAUAAGAGGUCGGUACAUACCUUGACCUCAUUCUGCAGCGCCUUACAUAUCUCCCUCAUCACACCAAGUUUCCCUACUGAGGGGGAGAGCCAGUUCGUGCUGCAACUAAGACCUUCGUUACGAGGAGCACUCUUGAGUCUACUGGAUCACUACGAAUGGAACUGUUUUGUCUUCCUGUAUGACACAGACAGGGGAUACUCGAUACUCCAAGCUAUUAUGGAAAAAGCAGGACAAAAUGGUUGGCAUGUCAGCGCUAUAUGUGUGGAAAAUUUUAAUGAUGUCAGCUAUAGGCAACUUCUAGAAGAGCUUGAUAGAAGACAAGAGAAGAAGUUUGUAAUAGACUGUGAGAUAGAGAGACUUCAAAACAUAUUAGAACAGAUUGUAAGUGUUGGAAAGCAUGUAAAAGGCUACCAUUAUAUCAUUGCAAACUUGGGAUUCAAGGAUAUUUCUCUUGAGAGGUUUAUACAUGGUGGAGCCAAUGUUACUGGAUUCCAGUUGGUAGAUUUUAAUACACCUAUGGUAAUCAAACUAAUGGAUCGCUGGAAGAAACUAGAUCAGAGAGAGUAUCCAGGAUCUGAGACUCCUCCAAAGUACACCUCUGCUCUGACUUAUGAUGGAGUCCUUGUGAUGGCUGAAACUUUCAGAAGUCUUAGGAGGCAGAAAAUUGAUAUCUCAAGGAGAGGAAAUGCUGGGGAUUGUCUGGCAAAUCCCGCUGCUCCAUGGGGCCAGGGGAUUGAUAUGGAGAGGACACUCAAACAGGUUCGAAUUCAAGGGCUGACAGGGAAUGUUCAGUUUGACCACUAUGGACGUAGAGUCAAUUACACAAUGGAUGUGUUUGAGCUGAAAAGCACAGGACCUAGAAAGGUUGGUUACUGGAAUGAUAUGGAUAAGUUAGUCUUGAUUCAAGAUGUACCAACUCUUGGCAAUGACACAGCCGCUAUUGAGAACAGAACAGUGGUUGUAACCACAAUUAUGGAAUCCCCAUAUGUUAUGUACAAGAAAAAUCAUGAAAUGUUUGAAGGAAAUGACAAGUAUGAAGGAUACUGUGUAGAUUUGGCAUCUGAAAUUGCAAAACAUAUUGGUAUCAAGUAUAAAAUUGCCAUUGUCCCUGAUGGAAAAUAUGGAGCAAGGGAUGCAGACACAAAAAUCUGGAAUGGGAUGGUAGGAGAACUUGUUUAUGGGAAAGCAGAGAUUGCUAUUGCCCCUCUGACAAUCACUCUGGUACGAGAGGAGGUCAUUGACUUUUCUAAACCCUUCAUGAGUUUGGGCAUAUCUAUCAUGAUCAAAAAGCCUCAGAAAUCCAAACCAGGAGUGUUUUCCUUCUUGGAUCCUCUGGCCUAUGAGAUUUGGAUGUGCAUAGUCUUUGCCUACAUUGGUGUCAGCGUGGUCUUAUUCCUAGUUAGUAGAUUUAGUCCAUAUGAGUGGCACACAGAAGAGCCAGAGGAUGGAAAGGAAGGACCCAGCGACCAGCCUCCCAAUGAGUUUGGCAUCUUUAACAGCCUCUGGUUUUCCCUGGGUGCUUUUAUGCAGCAAGGAUGUGACAUUUCACCCAGAUCCCUCUCAGGUCGAAUUGUUGGAGGUGUUUGGUGGUUCUUUACACUCAUCAUUAUAUCAUCUUACACUGCUAACCUCGCUGCUUUCCUGACGGUUGAGCGAAUGGUCUCUCCCAUAGAAAGUGCAGAAGACCUAGCCAAACAAACAGAAAUUGCCUAUGGAACACUGGAUUCAGGGUCAACAAAAGAAUUCUUCAGAAGAUCAAAAAUAGCAGUGUAUGAAAAGAUGUGGACCUACAUGCGAUCAGCAGAGCCAUCAGUGUUCACUAGGACUACAGCUGAGGGAGUAGCUCGUGUCCGCAAAUCCAAGGGCAAAUUUGCCUUUCUCCUGGAGUCCACUAUGAAUGAAUACAUUGAGCAGCGAAAGCCAUGUGACACGAUGAAAGUGGGAGGAAAUCUGGAUUCCAAAGGCUAUGGAGUAGCAACGCCCAAGGGUUCCUCAUUAAGAACUCCUGUAAACCUUGCCGUUUUGAAACUCAGUGAGGCAGGCGUCUUAGACAAGCUGAAAAACAAAUGGUGGUACGAUAAAGGUGAAUGUGGACCCAAGGACUCUGGAAGCAAGGACAAGACGAGUGCCUUGAGCCUGAGCAACGUAGCAGGCGUCUUCUACAUUCUGGUUGGCGGCUUGGGCUUGGCAAUGCUGGUGGCUUUGAUAGAGUUCUGUUACAAGUCCAGGGCAGAAGCGAAGAGAAUGAAGCUGACCUUUUCUGAAGCCAUAAGAAACAAAGCCAGAUUAUCCAUCACUGGGAGUGUGGGAGAGAAUGGCCGCGUCUUGACGCCUGACUGCCCAAAGGCUGUACACGCUGGAACUGCAAUCAGACAAAGUUCAGGAUUGGCUGUCAUUGCAUCGGACCUACCAUAAAAACCAAAAAAAUAAUUGAGUGCCUUAAUUAAACUGUGUUGGUGACUGAUGGAAACGCAGCCCUGAGGAACACGCCACGCGCGGGUCUUUGCUAAACCAAUCCUUUGGCUGAGAAUGGGAAGUCCGUCCUAACGGGCUGGCCGAACAUCAGCAGCAGCAACGUGUGCAUGAGCUCAGCUCGGAAACCCAAACUCAGAUUUUAUAUCAGGAAAACUCACAAUUUAGGUUUUUUUCGGGGAGUGGGUGGGGGAGGGAUCUGGGAUGGGUGUAUUAACAGCAACAAAUUUCAUUUGAGUGGACUCAAAAACUAAUCAGACUUGCGAGUUAGCGCAUUAAACUGUGAAGUUCUUGCUCAGAAAGGCCUUUGUCUUCACCGGAAAGGAUAAAAUAGUUAUAGAAGUCCGUGAACAUGCUAACCUGUGUCUCCAGAACACCCAUAUAGUCCAUGGAAGAAAAUCCAGCUGAGAAAACAAAUCACUAAACUGUGAUAAGAAAAUAAUGAACAAACAUGUAAAUCCUGUGGGAAAAAAAAAUAAUGGAAGUAUUUACACUUACUUUGGAGAAAACAAAUACUGAAACAUGCUUGCUUUUUAACUGAUGUAAAUUCAGUAGAGGACAACACAAUUCUUUUUUCUAACCAUCUUAGGGAACAAUACAUUGCAAUAAUUGAUAUAAAUGCCAUCACUGUAAUAAACUUUAGAGACUUUUUUUUAUAAAAGUUGUUGGUCAUCUUCUUGUUUGCUGUAAACUUCACUCUGUCACAUGAGUCGGUUCACAGAUUGCUUUUGUCUCACAACCAGGAAGAAAAGCAAAAGGAAGAGAACGUUUAGGUUCAAUCACUAGUCCGCGGUGUAGACUCAGAAGAGACUAUGGGUCACUCAUGUUAACAGUAUUAUUUAUAAUCUUCUGUGUAAAAAAUUGUGGUUUUUGUACCCACCAAAAAGAAUAAAACAGCAGAUGUUCUUACAAUAUCUACAGAGCUUAAAAGUUUUUUCUUAUCCUUAUAAAAGUUAUUUGAGAAAUUAUAAGACUAUAAGAGAGAUUGUAAUAGUCGUGGGCCAUAGUGGAAAAUGUAGCUAGCCCUCAUUAUUUUUUGCAUACUAAGCGACCCCUCUUUUUCAAAUCUUUGACUCAUUAACAGAUUGAAUUGUCAAAUAUGGAGUCUUUGAGUUGGGGAAUGAAUCACUGUCCUAACAACAACAUACCUUGUAAUUGUGUGUUGAAAUUUUACUUGACUGUAUUUUGCUGCAUAAAAUUGUGUGUCUCUUGGGCUUUUCCCCUUAUUCCCAUUGUUCCCUUUAAAUCAUAUGAAGGCAUUCAUAAUAGUUUGGGGUAGAUAACAAAUGAAGAAUUAGUCUUUGUUUUCAACUGGAAAUUGUAAAAAAAAAUUAUACCCAUGUUUAUUUAUAAAAAUCACCUUAUGUAUGAAUUAAACUAAUAUGGUCCAAAAGAAGGUUUGGUUCAUUUGAAAUAAUAAAUAAAUACUCUAAUACAGAUAAAAAUCAUGUACUUAGGGUAUUGGCAGAAAGCACAAGUUAGGAUGAUUUCAGAAGUCUGGUCUUGAAGGAUGAGUUGAGUUUUAAUAGGAGGAGAAUAUGUAAAGAGCCAUAUGAGUGAGCAGUGGCCCAAAGCCAUGAACAUCAAUGGCUCAUUUAAGGAAUGAAUGCCAUUAGAUGGGCUAGUGAGAGCACAGGGUAUGAUAUUAUGGAAAAUAAAGUUGGAAAAGCUGAAGGAUUGAUUUUCUUCCAUCAACUCUCAAGAUCCCAUUCCCCAUUCAAUCUGUGCUGCAGUAAGAGCAAUCUUAAACAGUAUAAAUCACACACACACACACACACACACACACACACACACACACACGUCCCUCAGGAAAAAUUUCAAGCUCUUGAGAAGAUCACAUGAGCCCCUUCAUGACCUGGCCCUUGCUUAUUUCUUCCAGGACUUCUCUCACUUCUAUCCAGCUACUCCCAUCAGCAAAUGAACCUCCAAAGCAGCACAUGGAGCACUGCAUAGACUACUUCCUCAGUGCGUAACUCCUCCCUGUCUCCUCUUUACCUGACUAACUUAUAGUCAUCUUUCAAUACUCAAAUUGAAUUUUACUUGCCCUGAAAAUGUUUCCAUGGCUAUCCACCACCUCCCUGCCUGUGAGACUGAGUUAGGUGCCCUUUUUAAUGUCUUUCGCCCAUCACAGCACUUACCAUACUGCGUUGUAAUUGCCUGUGUACUUGUCUGUAUAACUACUAGACUGUAAGCUCCUUGAGGGCAGGGACUGUGUCUAUCAUGUUCACAGUUGUAUCCCCAGCACCCAGCACAGUGCCUGGCAUAUUGUAGGUGCUUAAUAAAUAUUUGUUGAAUGAA